AUGGAGACUGGGGCAGCGAAGCUCCUGUAUGCGAUGAGUCCUUGGAGCUCAAAGCUCGGGCGUGCACCUGUGGUUGCUGAGCCCUGUGUAGGCAUCUCUGAUUAUCGAGAGUGGAUGCAGAAAGCAGGGCUUGUUUACAGGCCAUGCGCAGCCUACGAUUUCAACAUGGACUUGGUGCCGUUUUGGCGAGCUCUGCGAAACCAGGGUUUGCAGGGGACUUCGGAAGUCAAACUGGGUUUGCAAGAAGGGGACAUCGAGAGGAAUGUCGUGCUGUCAAAACUGUCAAGUGCGGAAGGCUUGAUAAGCGGGCCCCCUUGUCAGCCUUUUGCCUCCACAGGUUUAAGGCAGGGCGCCCAGGACGAAAAAGGCCGCACAGAUGUUUUUGAAUCAGUUGUAAGCAUGAUAUGUGAGGAAGGCUCGCGUGGCUGUCUUCUGUUUUUCAUUCUGGAAAACAGCUCACAUUUGGCUGAUGCCAACCAUGCUGAGUUUCUGAAUGAGAUGCUCUUGAGACUUGAAGUGUCACUGCCAUAUUUUUUGGUAGACACCGUGAAAAAGGAUGCUGUGGAGUUUCUGCCAGUCAAGAGAGGUCGUUUUUUCAUCAGAGGGCUAAGGAGAGACUGCCUGCCAGACCCCAUGCAGGCGUUCCUCCCUGCCCCCCUGUGCUGCACGGAUCUGCUCCCGGCAGUCACACUGGAAGAGAUUUUGGAUCUGAGCUUGGCUGCGACCGAUGUGCAGAGUUUGUGUGCAGGGCACGCUGCUAACCUCACAUUGUACAAGCAGACCAUAUCUCAGUGCAUCGAAGAGCAUCGUGCCCAAGGCAAGCCGCUGCCCUCGAACACGGUUGUUGUGGAGCUCGACCGAAACCCCUUGAGAACUUUCGGCGGGAAGUGGGGUUGGGGCAAGAUCCCAUCACUGAGGACUACGGGGCCACCUUUGUUUCUUCUGAGUUGCGAGGACUUGUCGAGGCCAUGGCAGGUCAUGCGACUGCACAGGUGGCUCAGCAUCGCUGAGCGGUGCAGCGCUCUGGGGCAGCGUGCAAGCCACGCGGCCUUGUUCUCGAGAGACACCCAUGCCCUGCAUGCGAUCGGGAACGCUCUCUCGCCAGUGCAGCUGGCCGCUGUUGCCUCGCCGCUCGUGGCGGCAGCGGUCAACUCUGGCGUGCUCACUGCAGGCAACCGUUGCAAAGCCUGCGCAGUGGAGCUUCUGCCGCACACGAAGCCACCGGGUACAUCAGCCAACAGGGUUCGAAAGCCAAGGGCUCCAACUGAAGAGGAAGCUCCAAAGACUCUGCCUCGUGACACCAGCGCAAAGCCAGAGGCUUCAGCUGAAGAGGAAGCCCCAAAGACUCUGCCUCGUGACACCAGCACAAAGCCAGAGGCUUCAGCUGAAGAGGAAGCCCCAAAGACUCUGCCUCGUGACCGUAACACCAGCACAAAGCCGGAGGCUUCAGCUGAAGAGGAAGCCCCAAAGACUCUGCCUCGUGACACCAGCACAAAGCCGGAGGCUUCAGCUGAAGAGGAAGCCCCAAAGACUCUGCCUCGUGACACCAGCACAGCUGGUUUAGAUGGCACACAGGACUUACCACGUCACCAGCCAGAAGGCAGCACCCAGGACUUACCACGUCACCAGCCAGAAGGCAGCACCCAGGACUUACCACGUCACCAGUCCGAUGACUUGGAGCUAGAGCUUGAGCGACUGGUUGACGAGCUUUUUUCGGAUGAUGAUCCGGGCAUGGACGUUGAUGAUGCUGCGCCACAGAGGCCACUCGUCCUGAGUGAGAAAGCAACACACCUCUUCGAGUGUUUGGCUAAAGCCAAAGCUUCAUCCAAAAACUGGCUCUCGCCAGCAAGCAAGAGCUCCAAGAACGAAUCGGAGCCAGCACAAAGCUCCGGAAGCAAGGACCUUCGCAACGGCAGUGGGGGCCUUGGAAGAGACUCGCCAGACUGGGAAGGCUCACGAUACAUGACCCCCCGCGACUGGUGCGCACGGGAAAUGAUCCUGAAGCAGUACAGUACCUUGGAGGAUGCUAUGGCAGCCUACGAGCAGCGCUGCACAGAUCCGGACGUUGUGACCAAGGAGAUCAACGGGGAACUCUGCCUCCGGGUCAACAACGGAGGUCUGGAAAAUGUCGUGGACCGCCAUACCGUUGCAGCAUCCGUGCGGCAGCGGACUGACCUUGGCGAUGGCGAGCAGCUUGAUGGUUUCGAAGAGGAAAUCGGACCUCGCAUGAAACGUGCUUCUGACAAGCUCCAAACAGAGCGGCUUCUGUCAGAGCAGCAGGGCAAGCAGGCCUACGUUCCGGCCGUCGCGGUGCGACGAGAUUUGGAGCAAGAGAAGGAAGUUGCUGAGAACAGAGCUGCUGAAUUUCAGCAGCAAGCCUUGGCACUCAAGGAGAAAGCUGAUCAAAAGAGGAAAGAGUUGAAGGAGAAGCAAGCAACCCAGCUUCCCUCCUUGGCAGUGGCAAAGCUCAGCCUCACCAACGCUAUCCACAAGGCAAAUGCUUCGAUGUCCGAGCUGUUGAAGCGUCAGAAGGCCACAGCAGACACCUUGUGCAAGGACUUGACGAAUGCUUUGUGCAUGUCAGACGUCCCCGUGAAGAGAGAAGCCGAGGAAAAGACGAAAGUGCUGAAUGGCAAGAUCAAGGACCUGGAGACUGCCAUGGAGGAGUCCAUCGCAGAAUGGAACACCAAGGCUGGUGACGAAAGCCUUGACAUCGAAGCCAUGGUGUCAAUGGAGAAGGAUCUGGCAGCCUACAUGAAGGAGUGGCACCUUGGCAAGCACUGCCAGGCAGUGUUGGACACGAAGCAGCAGAUGAAAAACUUCCGCGAAUUCACCUCAGACUGCAAGAAGGAGGUGAAGAAGCGGGACAAGCUGGCCGCGAAGGCGACAGUGAGGGGUUCGAACAAGAAGGCCAAGCUUGAUCAUCCGAACAGCCAGGAGAACCCGCUUCCCGAUGAAAUCAUCAACUGCGCAACGGAGCCAGAGGAUGAGAUGACAGUGCCCCUUCUGCUCCCACCAACGCCGAUGGAAGGCUUUACCCGGGAUGUGACCCGGCACGAGUAUUACAGCGAGCAAAAGAAGUGGGUGGAGCAGAUGCUGCUGAGGAGCAGCCAGAAGUAUUCGUGUGCGGUGGUCACCAGAGACAAUGUGGCCAGGCCCUUCUUGCAGCAGCUGGACCAGAUCCUGCCGGUGCCACUGCGUUCCGUGGCACGACCCUCGAGCAAGGAGCUGCAAGAGAUCUGGCAGUUGUACUUUUACCAGAUGGCCGGGGACUCCGGCCGCCUCUCGAUGUCCACUGACUGGGGCUUGCCCGAAUUGCGCAUCUGCUGCGAAGGCAAGGAGAUCUACUUGGGGUUCCCCGUGAAGAAGCUAGCCGGCAACACGACGGCCGAGAUGCUGCAGCACCUGGAGCGGAUGCGUGCAGAAGAGUUCCUCACGGCAGUUGAGCGGUAUGGCUGGUGUGUGACAUGCCGCCCUGGGAGGGGAGUCGUGCUGCCCACGAAUUGUUUGUUCGUUCAUCUGAGCCUGCAGGGACCUGAGACCUGCCACGGAGCCAGGAUUCACAUCGUGUCUGACAAAAGCCUCCAGACGGCUCUCACUCACCUGGAGAGGCAGGUCCAACAGGACCCGACACUGGAGUCCAAAAGAACCGGCCAGCUGCUGAAGUGGAUCCGCGAGAGGUGA